AUGAGUAAAAAUACAGUGUUUUUGAUUUUACUGGUGUGUGGUGUGGCGUAUUGUGAAAGUUAUAUUGGACAGAACGAUUUAGAAGCAAGAGGGAAGAAGAAAAAGAAGAUCGCUUUGUUUGUGUACAUCGCCGAUUUGGUGCUGAAGAAGUUCUUCAUCCUGAAGCUGGUAUACGCGUUCAUCUUCUGGGUCGUUCUGCACAAGGCCGGGUACUUCUUGGCCUGGUUCGCCAGCUACCUGAAGGAGAAGAAGCACCAUGAGCACCAUGACCACCAUGAAUAUCACGGCCAUGACCACCAUUACGAUUAUCAGCCGGCUUAUGGCGCGUACGGGCCUUAUAGGAGGAAAAACCAUUGA